CAUGGGGGAGGGAGGGGGGGGGUCAGUAGGGGAAGGUUAGAUGGUUACACCUCUGCUGGGUUACACUGAACCAAAUGGACCAUUACAGAGGUCCCAAUUCAAAGACGGGUCAUUACGGAGGUCCCAAUUUAAAGACGGGUCAUUACGGAGGUCCCAAUUCAAAGACGGGUCAUUACGGAGGUCCCAAUUUAAAGACGGGUCAUUACGGAGGUCCCAAUUCAAAGACGGGUCAUUACAGAGGUCCGAAUUCAAAGACAGGUCAUUACAGAGGUCCCAAUUCAAAGACGGGUCAUUACGGAGGUCCGAAUUCAAAGACGGGUCAUUACGGAGGUCCCAAUUCAAAGACGGGUCAUUACAGAGGUCCGAAUUCAAAGACAGGUCAUUACAGAGGUCCCAAUUCAAAGACGGGUCAUUACGGAGGUCCCAAUUCAAAGACGGGUCAUUACAGAGGUCCGAAUUCAAAGACAGGUCAUUACAGAGGUCCCAAUUCAAAGACGGGUCAUUACGGAGGUCCGAAUUCAAAGACGGGUCAUUACGAAGGUCCGAAUUCAAAGAUGGGUCAUUACGAAGGUCCGAAUUCAAAGACGGGUCAUCACGGAGGUCCCAAUUCAAAGACGGGUCAUCACGGAGGUCCCAAUUCAAAGACGGGUCAUUACGGAGGUCCGAAUUCAAAGACGGGUCAUCACGGAGGUCCCAAUUCAAAGACGGGUCAUUACGGAGGUCCGAAUUCAAAGACGGGUCAUUACGGAGGUCCGAAUUCAAAGACGGGUCAUCACGGAGGUCCGAAUUCAAAGACGGGUCAUUACGGAGGUCCCAAUUAAAAGACGGGUCAUCACGGAGGUCCGAAUUCAAAGACGGGUCAUUACAGAGGUCCCAAUUCAAAGACGGGUCAUUACGGAGGUCCCAAUUCAAAGACGGGUCAUUACGGAGGUCCCAAUUCAAAGACGGGUCAUUACAGAGGUCCCAAUUCAAAGACGGGUCAUUACGAAGGUCCGAAUUCAAAGACGGGUCAUCACGAAGGUCCCAAUUCAAAGACGGGUCAUUACGGAGGUCCGAAUUCAAAGACGGGUCAUUACGGAGGUCCGAAUUAAAAGACGGGUCAUUACGGAGGUCCCAAUUUAAAGACGGGUCAUCACGGAGGUCCGAAUUCAAAGACGGGUCAUUACGGAGGUCCGAAUUCAAAGACGGGUCAUCACGAAGGUCCGAAUUCAAAGACGGGUCAUUACGGAGGUCCGAAUUCAAAGACGGGUCAUUACGGAGGUCCGAAUUAAAAGACGGGUCAUUACGGAGGUCCGAAUUAAAAGACGGGUCAUUACGGAGGUCCGAAUUCAAAGACGGGUCAUUACGGAGGUCCGAAUUAAAAGACGGGUCAUUACGGAGGUCCCAAUUAAAAGACGGGUCAUUACGGAGGUCCGAAUUCAAAGACGGGUCAUCACGAAGGUCCGAAUUCAAAGACGGGUCAUUACGAAGGUCCGAAUUCAAAGACGGGUCAUUACGGAGGUCCGAAUUCAAAGACGGGUCAUUACGAAGGUCCGAAUUCAAAGACGGGUCAUUAUGGAGGUCCGAAUUAAAAGACGGGUCAUCACGGAGGUCCGAAUUCAAAGACGGGUCAUUACGAAGGUCCGAAUUCAAAGACGGGUCACAGAAAUACUUUAAUAAUCCCAGAGGGAAAUUCUUUAUCUUCUAAAGACUUUUCUCUCUUUUAACUCGGACCCAGUUUCUGUUCCUGCAGGAUAAAGUUCUGAAGCAGGUCCGGUUCAUUCGUUUCCAUAGCAACCAGGCUGACUGGCCCCUCAUCCUUACUAACGUGAGGGUUUGUCUGCGGCUCUGGUUCCGCCCGGUUCUACAGAACAAACCUCAGA